ACUCAAGCUCACCCCAUACUCAUCAUGGAGUACUUGCCAUGUGGUGAUCUACUUGGCUACCUGAGAAAAUGCCGAGGAGUGAGGGAUCGGUACUAUCUUGGUGAGGGAAGAGCUCAGGAUUUGACCAACUACGAUCUCGUGUUGUUUGCCAAACAAAUCGCCGCCGGCAUGGUGUUCCUUGGAACGCGAGGGAUCAUCCAUCGUGACCUGGCGGCUAGAAACAUUCUCCUCGAUAACAACUAUGUUUGCAAAGUGACGGACUUUGGUAUGGCAUAUCAAAGCUUCAAGUAUGGCCAUGGAAAUGCUAAAAAGCUUCAUAUUUUGUCAAAGAUGGUUUUGGAAAAUGUCACCGAGAACUGUUGUUUAUAG